UAGUUAGCUCGCUGGUAGUCGCUAGUUGCUACCUGGAGCCGACUGCUAAGGUGUUAGCAGCUUAGUAGCCGAAAACAAUACAUGAUUUUACUUUUAAUAGGCGCGACGAUGACCCUCUGACACCAAGAAUGGACAUAAGUUAACAAUGACGGGGGAGAAAAAGAAGAAAAAGCGGCUGAACCGCAGCAUUCUUCUAGCAAAGAAAAUUAUAAUAAAAGAUGGAGGAAGUCCUCAGGGGAUUGGUGAGCCCAGUGUUUACCAUGCUGUGGUGGUCAUCUUCCUGGAGUUUUUUGCAUGGGGUCUCCUCACCACCCCAAUGCUCACGGUAUUACACCAAACAUUCCCCCAGCACACAUUCCUGAUGAAUGGGCUUAUUCAUGGUGUCAAGGGCCUAUUAUCAUUUCUGAGUGCUCCACUGAUUGGAGCAUUGUCGGAUGUGUGGGGACGCAAGUCUUUCCUGCUGCUAACAGUCUUCUUCACGUGUGCGCCCAUUCCACUGAUGAAGAUCAGCCCAUGGUGGUACUUUGCAGUCAUCUCCAUGUCCGGCGUCUUUGCCGUCACCUUCUCUGUGAUCUUCGCCUAUGUGGCUGACAUCACGCAGGAGCAUGAGAGGAGCACAGCAUACGGUUUGGUAUCGGCUACCUUUGCAGCCAGCCUGGUCACCAGCCCGGCCAUUGGAGCCUACCUGUCUGUGGCCUACGGUGACACCUUGGUGGUGAUCCUGGCCACGGCCAUCGCCCUACUCGAUAUCUGCUUCAUCUUGGUGGCUGUACCGGAGUCGCUGCCAGAGAAGAUGAGGCCGGCGUCGUGGGGAGCACCGAUCUCCUGGGAGCAGGCAGACCCCUUCGCUUCUCUGCGUAAAGUGGGCCAGGACUCCACGGUGCUCCUCAUCUGUAUCACAGUUUUUCUUUCCUACCUCCCCGAGGCCGGCCAGUACUCCAGCUUCUUCCUCUAUCUCAGACAGGUCAUAGGCUUCUCAUCAGAGACAGUGGCUGCCUUUAUCGCUGUAGUGGGGAUCCUCUCAAUACUAGCUCAGACGGUGGUGUUGGGGAUCCUGAUGCGUUCAAUAGGAAAUAAGAACACAAUCCUGCUUGGCCUUGGCUUCCAGAUCCUCCAGCUGGCGUGGUACGGCUUCGGCUCUCAGCCCUGGAUGAUGUGGGCAGCUGGAGCCGUUGCAGCCAUGUCCAGCAUCACUUUCCCUGCCAUCAGCGCCAUAGUGUCCCGUAAUGCAGACCCCGACCAACAAGGUGUUGUCCAGGGGAUGAUUACAGGAAUUCGGGGCCUCUGUAAUGGUUUGGGUCCUGCUCUUUAUGGUUUCGUCUUCUACUUGUUCCACGUGGAGCUGACUGACUCAGAUGGCUCUGAGAAAGGUGCCAAACCCAACAUGGCCAACCCCACUGAUGAGAGUGCCAUCAUCCCAGGUCCUCCCUUCCUGUUUGGUGCAUGUUCAGUGCUGCUGUCUCUACUGGUUGCCCUGUUUAUCCCGGAGCACACGGGGCCUGGCAUGAGGCCCGGCGCCUAUAAGAAGCACAGCAAUGGGGCACAGAGUCACUCCCACAGCCCCCAGGGCAGUGGGGCAGAGGGCAAGGAGCCUCUGCUGGAGGACAGCAGUGUAUAACCUCAGCUAAGGGGGGCGGACACCCUCACUCUACCCCAAAACCCCUGCACACAUGGACCGAUACACACAUCUUACCACAUGGACACACUCACACCUCAGGCACACAUCAGACUCGAGUGCUGUGAAGAGGUGUUUGUGUCUGUGUGUUUGUGUCGAAAGUGGGCACUCGUUCCUCAGCAGCCCCUUUUUGUUUUUUAAAAGCAGGGUAUUGUGAGGACUCUCUAAAGACCCUGUAUGAGGAGAGUGUGUUGAGUAUUUUUCGUGCUGCAGUGGAAAGGUGCAUGUGACUUGGCUGAGCUGGACUCUAAUCCUUGGUUUGUAUAGAGCAGAGUGAAGCAUACAGAGCGGAGCAUACAGCGGUUCGCCCCCCUCCUGGUGCAAAACAGAACCGAAGUGGUUUGGUUUAGAGUGCGAGUGGGGUAUGUCUCAAAUGUUACUAAAUCCCCGUGUGAUUCUUCAUAUUCCUCUGUAGCCAGUGAAGUGGCAACUUGGUCUGUUUGUCCGAUGAAAGUGUAACAAACAGUUAGUUGAGCACUUGUCUAAUGAUCUUUCACAAGUUAACUUCUGUGCGACUACAGCUCCGUUAAAGCAUCCGACAAGGGAACACAGUUUUUCCUCCGUAUGCACAGCAGGGAAGCACAGCAACUGCGUACAUGUGAGAGGAGUCUCUGCAAACCAGUGUUGGAGAGGCGCUGCCUAAUUUCAGUUAGGACGGGUCUACCAGUUCGCGUAUAACAGGCUUCGUAAGACCACACUUUGUUUAAAUGUCACACUUCUUACAGAGAGAAGUGUGCAACUGAGACCACUUUAUUAGCUGAAACUGUUUUUCAAUGUUUACUUGCCAUUCUCUAGAGUAGUAGUACAGUUUGGGUUGUAUAUUUUUCUCUGUUCAAACUGAAGGCUAGUUGUGCUUCAAGUUUUUAUUCAAGAAACAAAUGUUGCCUUGAAGUGACUUAAGAUAAAUAUAUAUAUAUAUAGACAUUACGUAACCUGUAUGAAGACCGAGGUCUGAGAAGGCUCUGUAAUCUUACGCUAUCGCUCCCAUCGGAGCCGUUACACACUCUUUAUUCCUUUGUUUUCAUGUCCUUCCUGUUACUUAGUUUGCUGACAUUUAUCACUGACAGGGUUAAGGCUCACACAACCAUGGUUUUAUUUUUAAAGCCUCUGGACCAUUAGGAGCUAGAGCGUUGCUAUCAACAUGUCAGUGUUGGCACUGACUGUUAAUACGGAGACUUUGAAUUAAUAUCAUUAGGUUAAACAAAAUAUCAGUGAUGCUGCCGCAGUGGAGAACUCAAAGGUUAAGUGUGAUGUAAUGUGGUGGAUAAAGAUUUUGACAGGGGUAAUCAGAUAUUAACUAUGAAACGGUUUCAUGUAAUCCCUGGCAUUUAAGAUGCCAUACAAACAGUCAUUACAAGGCACAGCACAUCUCUCAGACAAUAACUAACAACAGAUGGUAGAAAUUGCGGAUGUGAAUAACUUCAUGGAACUUGGCUCGUAACUCACAAAUGCGCAUGUGACAUGGUGAAGACGCUCCACAAGGGGGGGGGGGGCCUUUGAUCAUUGUCAGACCAGCUCACUACAUCACCUUUACCACCUAUAGGACAGAAAUUAGCAGCAGCAGCAGUUCAAAUCAGAAGAAUGUUGUUUCCCCCUCCCACACACACACACACACACACACACAGGCAAAGGAAGGAAAAGCUGCUUCAAUUUUAACAGAUGUUUCUUUUUUUUUUAAGCCAAUGUUUUUGAGUUGUUUUUUUUUUAAGUUACAAAUAUAACAUCAUAUAAAAAUAUAAAUUGGAUAUAUAUGUAAAAAAAGCAUCAGGAACAUUCAGUGUCUUAUAGUUGUCAAAGGUGUAACAACCUUUUUUUUGUUUUGUCUGUAGAUGGGUCAUCAACAUUCCUGUAUCUGCUGUAAACUGCUGCUGUUAACUUUUCUGGCCAACAGGUGUCACAGGCUGAACAUAAACCACAGCUCUGUAACUGGACAACUCUGGCUGUGCCUGGUUUUCUUUCUUCGCAUCAGUGACACUGUGUUCACUUUGUUCACAUACUGUGUUAACAACUGGCAAAUUUGUUUUGAACAGGUAAUUCAUAAAUGCCUCAAGUGCAUUUAAAUAACCAAAUUCCAACCUGAUUUGGAUUAGUAGCUAAUGGUGGGUUUCACGCUGUUUAACAUUCUGAAGUGAAAUGUGCGUCAUGUAUUUUGUGCCAAAUUUUUUUUGGUUUGCUUUUUCAUACUGUGUGUGUACGUGUGCUUGAGUGAUUUGGAUAUAUUUUUUUUUUGUUUUGUUUUCUCUUGUCUUAAUUUCUUUGGCUAAAGAUUUACGUUUUAAUGCUAUUUCUUUUAUAUAUACAUAUAUACUUUUAAAACUUCAUCCAGUCAUUUCUAGGAAUCUUUUUCAACAUUGUGGCUAGAUGGUAAAUUAUCGAAUGUCCAUCUGUGUUUUCAGUCUUGGUCUUCGUUUAAUAACAAGCAUUUCACCGUUGGUUAAUUACAUUUGAUGAGCUCAAAGUCACUGAAUGUCCGAAGCCAAGCUGUACUCGUUGGCCAUACUAGAACCUCAAAAUUCUGACUUAACCUGUCACAUUGUUUUAUUAUUUCAGAGGGGGUGUUACUUAACAGGAGGCUGUUACUGUUGAUUUAAUCUCUGAAUAUCAUUCUCUUUUUUUUUUUUUUUAAAUUUAUCAGUUAAUGGACCAACACACUAAAUUCAGAUCCUGCAUAAAUUGGUAAGAUUCUGCACCAGCCCCAUGUGCACUCGUACAGCUUACACGCAGAUGACUGUAAUUGUACAAAAAUCACCUGUACGUACAGUAAAUGUAUAUAUUUAUUGCUCAAGGAGAUGGCCACCUCUUGGUCUAUUUGGUUGUAUGGUGCAAUUAUUAUUAUAUAUUUCUCAAGACUUACCUGCUAGCCACUCCUGUUUUUAGUACAAUGUGGUUUGUGGCCUGAAUCCCCUCUCUGUGUGCCUAAAUUUAGCCAAGAAAUGAGUAUGGCAACAUAAGUAAAUGGUGGUUAUUAUGUAAAUAUGGGAAACUAAUGACAAACUAUUUAUUAAAGGUUUAUUGUACAA